AUGAAGACCUUUGCGGUUUUAAGCUAUCUUAUUCCUUUUUUGCUCAUUACUAUCUCAUCGGCGUUCCCCAACGAACUAUUAAACAAAAGAAACCAAUGCCAAUGCUCUUUCGCACUUGCGGAUUUCGAUUCUGGCCCGGUUGGAGGCCUUGUAGUUUUUAAUCAGGACGAAAAUGGACAUACCGAGGUAUCCGGUAUCUUUAAAAAAGGUUUCGAAGAUACAAACGCGACUUAUGGAUUUAAAAUUAUUGAUGAGUGCAAAAAUACAUUAUUCGAUCUCACAGAUGGAUUGAAUAUAAAACCGGAUGGUAGUGGUGGUACUAAAUCUUUUAGACAUAAGUUCACAGAUAUGAGUAUAGAUUGUAAUGAUAACGGAAUUCUCACCAAGAAACUUCAUAAUAGUAAACGUCAUUGUAGUGAUAAACUUAGAAAACGUCUUCCUAAUGGUGCAAUGACCACACAAAACGGUGAAGGUUCUGGUUACGCUGGAUUAUCUAAAUAA